AUGUAUUCCAUUUUAGUUAUUCCUUCUAUAGAAACAUUACUAGCGACUCCUAGUAGUGAUCUUGACAACAAAUCGGACCUUGGCAAACUAGCCCUAGAGUGGAAUCAACAUGCCAUUACCAACACUGUUACGGACGUCCUCCUCAUUUUGGACUGCUGCUAUGCUUUAUCCACAGCUGUAGAAAAUACUGCCGGCCCUCAGAUUCGAGAAAUUGAUGGAAAAUUGGUUGAAGUUGCAAUCCUCUUCAAUCCAUUGGCCUUUGUGGAGUCUAUAAAAAGGAGAUCCUUGGGAUCGGCCAGACGUUUGCCAAUUUAUCGGUAG